AUGAAUGGGAUUCGCAGCUCUAGAUUGAAUGGUGAUGCUUUGAGAGGCAAUGAUAGAAAGAGUUCGAGAAGAAGUUCACACAGGCGUAGAAGUUUAGAUGAUUCGUGUUUUCCUUCUCUUGCUUCUGUGUCUAGAAAGCCAAGUAAAAAGAUUAAUCACAACCCAAGCAAGAGCUGCGACAGCUUUGGUUUUAUGAAUACCCCUUCAUCUUUGAAUAGCAUGAGCGGCAGUGUCAGAAUGCAUCCUCAUCUGCAUUCAAGAAAUGGCAGCCGUAGGAAUAGCACUACAAUCAUGUAUUCUAAUUCAUCUGGGGUGCUAAAACCCCCACCAAUUGAGAAAUAUCUUGAAUGCACCCUUGAAGAGUUGUGCUAUGGAUGCAAGAAAGAGAUCAAGAUCACAAGGGAUGUCUUCACAGAUACCAGGGAAAUAGUUCAAGAGGAGGAACUGCUAACGAUAAAUGUAGAGCCUGGAUGGAAGAAAGGAACAACGGUUACAUUUGAAGGAAAAGGGAAUGAGAGAAUUUGUGGAUACAGAGAAGAUAUAAUAUUUUUCAUCUCUGAGAAAACACACCAAUUAUUUAGAAGAGAAGGGGAUGAUUUGGAAUUAGGUGUUGAAAUUCCUUUACUAGAGGCACUAACUGGCGGUACAAUACCAAUCCCACUAUUGGGUGGAGAGGAGAUGAGUUUGAUAGUGGACGAUAUCAUAUACCCUGGCUAUGAGAAGAUUAUCACUGGCCAAGGUAUGCCAAUCUCCAGAGAACCAGGGAAGAGAGGAAACUUGAUAAUUACAUUUCUAGUUGAGUUUCCAACACAACUCACAAAUUAUCAACGAUCUGAGGUUGUUGCUCUUUUACAGGAUUCUGUUGAUUAA